CGCGUCACCACGUUCUCUCCCGCCAGGCGCUGACCCGCCCUCGCCGCCGACGACAACAACGCCGACGACAACGUUCCCAGUAGCGAACGACGACGGCGUCAUCGGAGGCACCGCUUGCCACCGCCCUUCCCGGACUGCACCCGCCACGGACUGCAGUCCGCAUCAAAAACCUUGCACUACAGCAAUGCCGCACCGUGCCCCGGACAUGCGCCUCCUCUCCGCCCUCCUUUCCGCCGAGUCGACGUACCACAAAUCUCUACUCGCCUCGCUUUUGGCGUCCUCGUCGGCCGUCACCACUUUCACCGCGUUCGCCUCCGCCUCGGCACCACCGACGUCGUAUGUCGCGCUCGCAUUCGCGGACGUCGUGUUCUCCCGAGCGGACGAUGCUGUGCGGCUAUAUGCGGACAGCGUGCAGAGCUGGCGAGAGCGCUUGGAAGAGCUGCGAGAGCGCGAGGAGGAUCUGGCGGCGGUCGUACGAGACAGAGAGAUCCUUGUAACCCGCCUCCUCAAAGCGUCCAAGAUCAAGAAUCCCUCACAUCCAUCCUCGAAUCGUUCUUCCCUCUCUGGCCCUUCUCCUGCGAACCCGCGGGACUCCUCUUCCACCCUGUCCCUCUCUCUGUCUUCCUCCUCUUCGAACACCAAGCUCCUCCAAGCCCAAGUCGAGCUUCAGGCGUGCGAGGCCACUCUCGCGGAGAAGCAAGCUGCGCUUGAUGCGCUCAGGCUACAAGUCGUCCGCACCGGCCUGCAAGAACGCUGCAAGGCGCUGAUCGAAUGUGCCCGUAUAUGGGGUGAAGCGGGAAAGGAGGGCAUGAAGACCCUUGAAGGUCUAGGCAGCACGAGGUCUUACCCAGGAGUCCCAAAUGGAGAUGCUAUCACAUCGCCCUCUCAACCACUUUCAGCGUCCACCUCGACUUCAACCAUCACACCGACGACGCUCCACCACGACGGGGUAAAUCCCUCCCACGCGUUCUCCGACACGUCGUCGCUCACGCCCUCGCUCUCCAUCUCACAGCGGACGUACGCCAGCUCCUCCGCCUCCGCCUCCUCCGUCCCCAACCCCCGACGGUCCUCGACCGAGAGCUACACCCUGCGCAUCCCGCCCGCGCACACCAUCACGGACGACAUACCCUCCGCGCACGCCCUGCCCGAGCUGUCGUUACCCUCAGCCGCAGCUGCGCGCGUCGCGGCGCCCCACCCGCACCGGCUCGAGCGCCCGCUGUCGCACGUGAGCGAGGCGGAGCACGAGAGCGCGAGCUCGGACGAGGACCGGGCGCACGUCGUCGUCGUCGAGAACGAGCGGUUCUUGCCGCCGGGGGCGAAGCGGAAGAAGCUGGGCGCGAACGCGAACGCGAACGGGUCCGCGGUCGUCGCGCCGACGGAGAGGCGCGGGCCGAUUCCGACGAUCGGCUCGAGCUCGACGAUCGGGUCCAGGAGCAAAGGGCGCGAGCGCCGGGCAAGCAUCAGCGGGUUCUUCAGCGGGCUGUUUAGGACGAGUCCGAAGAAGAGGCGGUUCGGAUCGCCUGGGGUUGAAGAGGAGGAAGGGGACGACGGAUCGGUGGCGGGGAAAGGCGCAGGCGAGCGCGGGUGGAAUACGCGUACGGACCGGUAUUUGCAUGCACAGGGGAGGGGGAGAGGCAAAGCGCGCGGGAUGAGCAGCGAUGAUGAAGACAGGCCGCCUUUGAGCGCGUCCGCGACUUUCCCUGCGAGUGGAGUGGUGGCGGGGAGAACCGCGGGACGAACGACGAUGAGCGACGUCGGUGGGCCUUCGGCGAGGUUGAAGAAGGGGAAGGGCAAGGGCAAGGGAGAGGGUGAAGGGGGUAAAGGGUGGGAUAGCGACGGCGGGGUCGGGUCCGGUAUGGCGAGGGCCGGGUCGAAAAAGGCCACGGGGAAGAAGACGGCGUUGACGCCCUCCUCGUCGAAUCUGUCCGUGCAGCAGCCGUCGCCGGCGAAGGCGUCUCCGAAGCCGAAAGCGGCGCAAAAAGCGGCGAACGGCAAUCAUAGGAGGGCGUCUUCGGUGGACGUCGCCAGGACGCCUGUCUCGCCCCCGCCCGCUUUGAGGGGCGAUCUCACCCGCCGGGCAUCUACCACCGCGGCGCCCAGAGGAUCGAGAUCCAAGGCCGGUGAUAAGGAAGAAACCUUGCAGUCCAUCGUCCAGUCCAUCUCGUCCGCCAAUCGUGCUACUUGGGAUACCCGCGCGACCGGCGUUGGGGCUGACGGUGCAAAGGCGAAAGCACCUCCACCGGAGCUCGAGGUGGUGAAGGCGCCACCGCCUCUCAGCGCGUUAGACCUGGACGCGGAGAUGCGGAGGAUGAAAGAGGAGAGCAAGCCGCGCGCGAAGGCGAAACCGGAGAAAUCUUCCGAUGACGCCGACGGCUGGGCGUCGCCGGUGAAGCCUCGCAAAGACAGCAGGGCGUCGGCUUCGACCCCGCACACCCCGCCGAAGCAGGGCGAUGUGAACAAGGACCGCGAGCCGAUCCAUAAUCCCAUCCCGGGCCUGGUACCGCUCAAGAGCGCUUUGCGUACUAGCCGCAGCCCGUCGCCUAUGGCAGGAAGUGGGUCCGGCGGGAGUAUCAUCGCAUCCGGGUCGGGAAGCAGCGUGCGGCGGUCGCUUGACGCACCCAUCUCUGGGUGGGGGACCCAGAGGUCGGCGGUGAGCGCUAGUCCGGAGGGCAAGGCUGCGACCGCGUUGUCGCGCGAGUACACGCCGGUGAAGAGCGGGGACAAGAUUGCGGCUCCGGGUCCGCUUGCUAUCACCAUUCCUCUCCCUGAUCCGGCGGAACACAGGUCCGUUGACAAAGAGGCAGAUUCUGCGGACGACGAUGAAGAAGAUACCGCCUCGCUUUCGUCGUAUGCUACGGCGACGGGGAUCGAAGGGCUGGAAGUCGAGAACGAGGGUCUUCCGCCGCCGUCUCCGGCCUCGGACGUAUCCGAGUCGACUGCGUCUACCCCAAGGAUGCCUUCACCGCCUCUAUUGACGGACACCUAUCGCCCGAUUCCCUCUCCUCCCGCGCCGGAACCUCCUAUCAAGAUGGAGGACAGUGCCUCCGGGUCCGGAUCGAAUGCGUCGACGGCGGGUGGCUCUGCGGAAGGGCCCGUGCGGCGGAAGAGCGUACGGAUGAACCUGUCGCCGACGUUCAGUCGGACGCCGCCGCCGUUGGACGACGAUAAGGCACCGUACCCGUGGGACGAGACCAAGACGAAGGAGAGAGCGCGCAAGAACUCGCUCGAGCGUCGUCCUUCGCUCGAACGUCGGAACUCGACGGAAAAGAAGCACACCAGCGCACAGGCCGUCGAGAACGGGCCGAGCGGAGGCGGGUGGAGUUCGCGCAUCAGGUUGCAUCAUCAUCGGGAGGACGGGGAAGUGAGGGAUAUGUGGGAGGACUCGAGCGAGGAGGACGAGGCCUACGGGCGGGCGAAGAGGCUGCUGACCCGGGCCGCUCGCAAGGCGGAGGGGAAAUCUAAGGCAAAGGCGUGAACGUCGAUGCUGUUCGGCGUGACUAUUGUCUGCGCAACAUGCCCUGUAUUUGAUUCGAUUCCAUGAUCUUCGUUCAUUCUUUCAUCUUGCGUUGGCGGCGUUGUCUUACAUUACGGAUCUCUCUCAUAGUGUCGGACUCCUAUCUACAAACUACUGUACUGUAGCUCGUAGCUCCAGAUAU